AUGGUCUACGUGCGGCAGGAAUACCUGCCCAAUUUGCGGCUAUACAAAUACUCGGGCGUUGACCACUCGUUGCUGUCGCGCUACGUGCUCAAGCCCUUCUACACCAAUGUCGUCAUCAAGUGCUUCCCCAUGGGCAUGGCCCCGAACCUCAUCACACUCUCGGGCUUCACCUUCGUGAUCGCCAACUUCCUGACGCUGCUCUGGUAUAACCCGACACUUAGCCAAGACUGCCCUUCCUGGGUUUACUACAGCUGGGCUAUCGGCCUCUUCCUGUACCAGACCUUUGAUGCGGUAGACGGGACACAAGCCCGACGCACCCACCAGUCCGGCCCACUCGGCGAGCUCUUCGACCAUGGCGUCGACGCCCUCAACACCUGCCUCGAAGUCCUCCUCUUCGCCGGCGCCACCAACAUGGGCCAAAGCUGGAAGACCGUAGCGACCCUCUUCGCCAGCCUACUCACCUUCUACGUCCAAACCUGGGACGAAUACCACACCAAGACCCUCACCCUGGGCAUCGUCAACGGGCCCGUCGAGGGCAUCCUCACCGUUGUCGCCGUGUACGCCCUGACCGGCUUCCUCGGCGGCGCCUCCUUCUGGAGCCAGGGCAUGCUCUCCACCGUCGGCGUCCCCCAGUCCCUCGCCGGCCAAACCAUCCCCGAGUUCCUCUACAACAUGUCUUUCACCGACUGGUACAUGGUCCAAGGCACCGUGGUGCUGGUCUUCAACACGGUCGAGUCAGCCCGCAACGUGAUCCGCGCCCGGCGCGCCCGUGGCGACCGCUCGCGGUACGCCCUUGUCGGUCUCCUCCCCUUCUUCACCACCUGGGCCCUCAUCGUCACCUACCUGUACCUGCAGCCCACCAUCCUGCACGCACACCUGAUACCCUUCGCCAUCUUCGCCGGGUUGGUCAAUGCCUACUCCGUCGGCCAAAUGAUCACGGCCCACUUGGUCAAGCUGCCGUUUCCCUACUGGAACGUUAUGGUCGUCCCGCUGGCGGGUGGCGUGAUUGACUCGCUGGGUCCGGUUUUGUUGCAGCAUGCUCCUGUACCGUGGCUUGGGUGGCCUUCGGCUUUAGGUGACGGGGUGUACCAGGUGGCUUUCAUGUUCUGCAUGCUUGGCAUGGCUGUUGGUGUGUAUGGCAGCUUUGUGGUGGACGUUAUCGUUACCAUUUGCGAUUACCUGGACAUUUGGUGCUUGACUAUCAAGCACCCGUGGGUGGAGGGCCAAGAGGAGGCGGAUAAGAAGAAGCAGUAA